ACUUGUUUUGAGCUUCACACUGCUCUCUCCCACCUGAGAGGACUAGCUAUGUGAGAAUGCUGUUCAAUGACUACAGCUCAGCAUUGAACACCAUAGCCCCCUCCAAGCUCAUCACCAAGUUUGGGACCCUUGGACUGAACACCUCCCUCUGCAACAGGAUCCUGGACUUCCUGACGGGCCAACCCAAACAGUCGUGAAGAGGUCACGGCAACACCUCCCCUUCAGGAGGCUGAAAAGAUUUGGCAUGGAUCCUCAAAAAGUUCUACAUCUGCACCAUUGAGAGCAUCUUGACUGGCUGCAUCACCGCUUGGUAUGGCAACUGCACCGACCUUGACCGCAAUGCGCUACAGAGGGUGGUGCUGACGGCCCAAUACAUCACCUUACAGGACCUCUAUAUCAGGCGGUGUCAGAGGAAGGCCUGAAAAAUUGCCAAAGACUUCAACCACCCAAUCUAUAGACUGUUCUCCCCGUUACCGUCCGGCAAGUGGUACCGGAGCAUCGGGUCUCGGCCCAACAGGAUGCGUGGCAGCAUCUAUCCACAAGACUGCUAAAUAGUUAAUCAAAAUGGUUACCCAGAUGAUCUUCAUUGACCUUGUUUGACCCUAUGCACACUCAUAAGACUCCACCCACACACUCACUACACUGACACUCUCUCACACACACACAUACUUUCACACUCAUCAAAAAAUGCUGCUGCUACUCUGUUCCUUUUUUACUCUUGUUAUUAUCUAUGCCAUGCCUUAAAGUACAUAUCUACCUCAUUGAUCUGGUAGCUUAAUUGUUGUGUAUUUUCAUUCCUCUUUUAAAUAUAUAUAUAUAAAUAUAUAUAUUUUUAAACUCUGCAUUGUUGGGAUAGGGCUCCUAAGUAAACAUGCAGUAUUGCGGUAAAGUCGACAGCUGUUGUAUUCAGCACAUUUGAGUUGGAAGAUUUUUCUGUGACAAGCCACCCUGUUUUUCUACCCCUCCCCUUAAGCAUACACCCCUCCCAGACAUAGGUCCAUUGUAGGGAGUGUGUGUGACUGGGUGUUUGUGUGUCUGUGUGUGGAGGAAAGAGGGUGUGGGAGGGGAGAGGCCAUAAAAUGCAAGCCAAAAGGAAGCGAGAGAAAGGGAAGUGUGAAGAGAAAUAGAUAUAAACAAGGCUGUGUGUCGAUUGCGAUUUUGAGGGUCGUAGCCCAAACUCUUCCGGAUACCUUGACAACCUACAAAGGACUGCAAACUUGAGUGUGACUCUGUGGAAAUAAGAUGCAUGCGAUGGAGCAGGGGAGCGUUCAAGAGCAUGGAAGAAGUAGAAAACUCUCCAAGAUCUGGGUGAUAAAUGAACAUGUUCGAGUGGGAUUCGCAGAAACCCUCAGCACAUAUGUCAUGAUGGUCUUUGGCUUGGGCUCUGUGGCACAGGUCGUGACUGGACGGGGUGCGUUCGGAGAGUACCUUAGUGUCAACCUGGGCUUCGGCCUGGGCGUGGCUAUGGGAGUGCAUAUUGGCGGGAGGGUCUCAGGGGCCCAUAUGAACGCAGCAGUAUCAUUCUCCAUGUGUCUCUUUGGUCGUUUGGGUUGGAGGAUGCUUCCCGUCUAUAUCCUCAGUCAGCUGAUAGGCUCCUUCUUGGCUGCUGGGACCAUAUACUCCCUUUACUAUGACGCCAUAUACCACUACUGUGGAGGGAAUCUGACUGUGUCUGGCCCUAAGGCUACCGCUGGGAUCUUUGCUACCUACCCAGCACCCUACCUCUCGCUUCAUGCUGGAUUCUUAGACCAGGUGAUCGGCACGGCCAUGUUGUUGCUGUGCCUGAUGGCCCUGUCUGACCAAAGGAACCAGCCUGCUCCAUCGGGGGGUGAGCCCAUCGCUGUGGGCCUGUUGGUACUGCUCAUAGGAGUCUCUCUGGGGAGCAACAGUGGAUACGCUAUCAACCCUAGCCGCGACCUGGGACCUCGAAUCUUCACCGCUAUAGCAGGCUGGGGGCCAGAGGUGUUCCGGGCAGGUAACGGCUGGUGGUGGGUACCUGUACUUGCCCCCAUGGUGGGAGGAGUCACAGGGGCUUCCAUCUACAAGGUCUUUGUGGAAUUGCACCACCCCUCCCCCUGUGAACACAGGAGGGAGAUAGAGGACGAGGCAGAGGAGGAGGCUGCGCCUCUGGAUAUGCAGAAAAACCUCAGCCCAGAGGUGUGUGUGUGAGGCACCCCAGCUAUGUGUGCGCACACUUGCUACACCCAAAGUAACUGGAGGAGGAUCCAAUGGAACAGAAACAUCGACAAACAAUUGGGGAUGUUGUUCUGAGAGGACACUGACUGUACUGGUUACAUUCUCGACGGUCCAAGUCCAAGUGACAAGAAUGAAUUGUGAAACAACUGUGAAACAGAGCAUGAAUUCAGUUUGGCUCCCAGGCUAAGGAUGAAUGAGACCACCUCUAACAGAAGUCAAAGCUGCAUAUAGAAGUUGCCUGUAGGUACAAGUCUAGGAUCAGCUUACCCCUCAACCAAUAGAACUAUGGAGCCUUGAAACUGAUGACAAAAUGCAAGAGACUAUGUCAAGAAUGUAAUUGGUGCUCAUUACUCGUUUCGGUUUCAAAGCACAAUGCAGCACAUCUGAGGACACUGGAGGAAAUCUGGACUCAUUAAAAUGGCCAUCGACAAUAACACAGGUUUAACCGAAACUAUUCUCAUCUGCCUUUAAUAGGAAAUACAUACAGCCAUAGACACAAAAGGGAAAUAAAUAGGAUCAACAGGAUGGCCUACAAGGCUUCACAGGGAAUAGCAGCAUUGCUAGAAAAAACAUGUCAGACACACACACACUUACACAUUCAUACACACACACACACACACACACUCAGAGGAGAAGAAGCAUUUAUAGUGGUAUAAUACAUAGCUACCGUUUCCCUGCCAUUACUUACUUGAGAAGCCAAGCGCUGUAGCCCCAUUAGCUACCACAUAGAUCGUUAGCUUCAAUAUUCUGAAUGGUAGCAGCCAGAUAUGUUUCUUCCGGGCCCUUUUCACCCCACUCAAGAAACAAAUGCAGGGGAAACACUGCCAUAGCCCAUUGAAUAUGUAUUUUUUGGGGGGUGGGGGAGGGGAAGUUUCCUUAUCGCCUGCCCCCACUAUGCCUCCCCGAGCUCCCCUGCCCCUUGGCAGUGCCCCCCACCCCUCCCUGGGCCGACUGUUUCUUCUUCGGGGCGGGCAGCUUUGCUUUGCCCCGGAAGGCUUUGCUGGGGUCCAGCUUGUUGACAGGCAGAUCUCCGGUGAGGUCGGCCAUACUGGGCUCACAGUGGAAACUCAGGGGCUGGUAGAGAGACGCCCACUGCUGUUGGGGAGAUAUAGAUGACACAAGCACAAUGGGUAAACUAACUAACCGAACAAAAACUCAUGGCAUUAUAUCCUACUGUUAAGCUGUACUUAUUUAGGUUUGCGUGCUGAGAGAAAUCUCUUUCGUGAGACGGACUUGUUUUAAACAUAUAUAACAAACCUUAUUGUGAAGUUGUCUAAUCAAAACGUAUAGCUACACAUUUAUAAGUUGCUUACUACAGUAUAACUCAUUUUAGGAUACACUUAAAUGACUAAAAUACUAAUAUUUUUUUGUGAGACCUAGUCAAGGUAGGGCAGGGCAAUGAAACAAAUGCACUUAAUGACCCCUCCAUUGGGUCAGAGCUUGGGGUUCAACAUACAACAUACCUCAGUCAAAACACUUUAGUUCUAGGCCCUGACUUAUUUGUUUUAGCUGAUGUGGCCAGAAAGUGAUGAUACAUAGCCUAACUGGGGUCUGUUAUGUUUGACAUGACUAUAUAUUGUACAUUGAAAGAAACAAUACAAUCUGUGUCUACCUUGUA